AUGCCAAAAAAAUUGCGGGAAAAGGCAAAACGAAGUGCGACGGCAAAAGCCAAGAAAGCUCCAGCGAAAAACGUGUCACCCGCCGUCGCCGCGGCUUGCAAGGUGAGCCUGGAAGCGUACAUCAGGAAGUGGAUGUCCGAGGUAGACGGCGUACGCCCCCCGCCACCGUCGUCGCUGCCGCCUGUUACACCACUUCCAACCAUUCUAGAUGUGAUGAUGCGUGCGCCGACGCCUUCUUCAACGCUGGACGCUGAAGCGCGGAGUAAUGCCACGGCGCCGGUUUUUGGUCGGGAAGCGGGGCUUGGCGAGCGAUCUCUGGCGGGAACAGGUGUUGUGUACGACGAGGUGAUGUUGCAGCACGAGUCCACCGACCCGACGGACUACGAGCGUCCUGGGCGACUGAAGCGAACACUGGACCAUCUGCGUGCGGUGGGUUUGUUGCAGUGCUGUCGCCGCCUCCCGCGCCACAUGGCACGCACCAAAGAGCUUAGGCUUGUGCACUCCACUGCCCACAUUGACAGCGUUGACCAACUGGAGUUCGCGGCCUUACUACGCAAUCCGGAGUCCUCAUGUAGCGUUGGGCAGGAUUUGUAUGCAAAUGCAAACACCUCGAAGGCGGCUCGCACGGCGGCGGGGUGUGUCAUAGCGGCGGCACUAAGUGUGGUGCGUGGGGAGGUGUCGAAUGCAUUUGCGCUUGUUCGCCCACCUGGUCAUCACGCAAGUGCGAAUAAUGCAUCGGGUUUUUGUUUUUUCAACAACGUGGCUGCCGCCGUCAGGGUGGCGCAGCAGGAAUUGCGACGACGAGGGACACCCGAACCCCGCGCGUUGGUGCUUGACUGGGAUGUCCACCACUGCGACGGGACGGAGAGCAUCUUUUACGAAGACCCCUCCGUGGUGGUGGUUUCGAUCCAUCAGUACGGCACAGGUCGUGGCCACGUGCUGCGUAAAACCCCCACCGUGUUCACCGACAUCAUCGACCUGAGUGCGCUGGCUGCGCUAAUGGAGGAGACAACCGGGAAGGAGGCCAACAGCAACGAUGGCAACGGCCACGACGUGUCUGUGGGGUGGGACGACAGGCGUCAGUGUCAGCGUCAAGAGGAGGAGGAGCAGCAGCAGCAGCCAGUGGAGGCGGCGGUGGAGAAGGAGGGCGGGGGGAAGGCGUCUCGCCGCAAAGCUGUCGAUUACGUCAAGCUGGCGGCGGACUUGGAGGAAGACGAUGAGGCUAUUGCGAUGAUGUUCGGCAUCUCGCCGGAUGAGCUGAAAAAUCCGUCGUCGUCGUCGUUUUCCUCCGUUGACAGCAGCGGGAGCAGUAACUCGUCUCCUCCGUCUUCCUCCACCCCUGUCGCACCAAAGAAACUUCCUGGAGACACGGAGGGGAUUUCCUUUGACGAGGAGGUGGACACCACGGCACACGAAACAUUUUAUCCCGGAACAGGUCACCUUGAGCGCGUAGGUGGCGACACGCAGGCCGAGGCGCGUGGGAAAAACAUAAACAUACCGUGGCCUACUAUAGGCAUGGGUGAUCUGGAAUACUUGCAAGUGCUGCUUGACAUUGUGGCACCCGUAAUGCGGGAGUAUGCACCGCAUAUUGUCUUUCUUAGCUGUGGCUUCGAUAGCGCUGCGGACGAUUUACUCGGUUCUAUGCGUUUAUCACCGUCCGGGUAUUAUAUUCUUACAAAGGCACUUGCUGCGCUCUGUCCACGUCUUGUUGUGGCACUCGAGGGCGGCUACAAUUUGUCUAACGUUGCACGUUGCUCAGAAGCCGUUAUGCGAGCGCUGUUAGAGGGCAGUGGGACAACGCCGUUGCCUUGUAGCCGGAUGCUGUGGUCCCAGACCGAGGAACUUGUGCAGCAGGUACGCCGAACACAUGCGGGCUACUGGCGCUGCUUUUCUGACGCCGUGUGA